AUGCCUUGCGAGAAAAUAGUGGAAACCACAAUCAGGGAUGGGGAGGAUUUGGGCUUUGGGUCUGACUCAUCAGAUAUUGAAGAGGCACCAUCAGAUUAUUCAGAAGAGUUUUGCACAUGGGAGGUAUUUGGAGAUACUGACAUUCUUGAGGCAACUGCCGCAGUGGCUGAAGCUCCUAGGACUGCCAGAAAUGAUUGGGUGCCUUUUACCAGUCAGGAGGAUUUCAUGGCCUGCCUCAUGAGUGGAUAUCUGCGUAAAAUGCUAUCACGUGUCACCUACCUGCUCCUGAGGUUGAUAUUGGCAAUGAAGAAUUUAAUCCUUCCUCAUUGGGACUCAGUCAGGCGAACUAAGGAAAGGAUUCGAAGAAUGCUUGGUUUGACAACAAUUGAAACUCUCAGUGUGUGGGAUAACAAGUUGUUCACCAUUAGUCUCAAGGUAAUAUUGGCUAAUGAAUUGCUCAACCCACAGGUCACCAGACACUUGGAGUACUGUCCACAUGACCCAACUGGAACUCAAAUUGGAAGCCUUUAUCAGUGUUUCAAGUGGAGAGAAGAUCUAUCCAGGGAACUCAGGGCAAACGGAUCACUUUAUGCUAAAUGCUGUACCCCCCAAUACAAGGACUCAGAAUCAGGCAAGGGAUUCAAGAUAGUCAUUCCUGGCCGAGGGAUAAAAUUCAGUGAUCAUUCCCUCACAACUGUGGAUAUCAAAGAAUUUGAUGAAAUGUACUCGGAAUUGUAUCUGGAUGACAAUACAAGUUUGGAUGACACGUGUGGAGGAAGACUUUUUGAAUUAGUAAAUGGUGACAAAGUGGAAGUGGCACUUCCCAAUCCAUGGAGGCAGAAAGCAAAUGGGAAAAUCAUAUGUCAUGUACUAAUUACCCUGUACUCUGACAAUACCUCCGGGAAUAGCUCCAAACAAUGGAAUAAACAUAUCUCAUUCUAUUUCACCUUAGCUGGACUGCAUCCACACCUGACAAAUCAGGAAUAUCAUUGUCACUUCCUGGGUACCUCCAAUGUGGCUGGUGUUCUUGAAUUGGCGGAGCCCAUAGUUGAAGAGAUGAAUGAUUUGGCUACAGAUGGUCAUUUUGCUUAUGAUAGCCACCUCAAACAGGAUGUACUCAUCAUGAGUGUGAUAAUGGCAGACUCUCCAAUGCAUGCGGAGAUAACCAGCACCCCCCCUCCCCGCAAACGCCAACAGCCCAUGUCGGGAUUAUCAGAUGGCAUGCGUCAGUUACGUAUGUUCAUUCUUCAUAGACAUCCUUAG